AAAAAAAGAAGUUAAUACACGAACAAAGACUAUUGCCUCGCAGCAUCUUCUUCUCCUACUCCGAAGCUGCAGAGCUAGGGUUUAAUUGGAUCGAUUAGCUGCAGAAUUAUUACAAGCAAAAGGAGAAUGGCGUGUGUUUAUAUUCCGGUACAGAACUCCGAAGAGGAGGUCAGAGUCUCUCUCGAUCAGCUGCCCAGAGACGCCACCGACAUUCUCGAUAUCUUAAAAGCUGAACAGGCUCCUCUUGAUCUCUGGCUCAUCAUCGCUAGGGAGUACUUUAAACAAGGAAAGGUUGAACAAUUUCGCCAAAUAUUGGAAGAAGGGUCUAGUCCUGAGAUUGAUGAGUACUAUGCUGAUGUGAGAUAUGAGAGGAUCGCCAUACUAAAUGCUCUAGGAGCCUACUAUAGCCACCUGGGGAAAAUUGAGACCAAACGAGAAAAGGAGGAUUAUUUUAUUAAAGCUACACAAUACUACAAUAAAGCGUCAAGAAUAGAUAUGCACGAGUCUUCUACUUGGGUUGGCAAAGGUCAACUUUUACUAGCUAAAGGUGAUUUAGACCAGGCAUCUUCUGCAUUUAAGAUUGUAUUGGAUGGAGAUAGGGAACAUGUUCCAGCCCUUCUUGGUCAGGCAUGUGUCCAGUUCAGCCGUGGAAAAUAUUUGGAGUCUUUGGAGUUGUACAAGAGGGCCUUGCAAGUAAACCCACAGUGCCCUGCAGCUGUAAGACUUGGCAUUGGCAUGUGUCGUUAUAAAUUGGGUCAACAUGAAAAGGCUAAGCAAGCAUUUAAACGCGUUUUGCAGUUGGACCCCGAAAAUGUUGAGGCUCUUGUGGCACUUGGAAUUUUGGACUUGCAAAUUAAUGAAGCUGCUGGUAUUAGAAGGGGAAUGGAAAAGAUGCAGAGAGCUUUUGAAUUUUAUCCGUAUUGUGCAACGUCACUUAAUUAUCUAGCAAACCAUUUCUUCUUCACUGGUCAACAUUUCCUGGUUGAGCAACUCACUGAAACUGCUCUUGCUGUAACUAAUCACGGGCCAACAAGGGCACACUCUUAUUAUAACCUAGCACGUUCGUACCAUAGUAAGGGGGAUUUUGAAAAGGCUGGACUGUACUACAUGGCAUCUGUAAAAGAAAUUGAUAAGCCUAAAGAAUUUGUUUUACCUUAUUAUGGUCUUGCACAAGUUCAAUUGCAUUUGGGAGAUCUGCGAAGUUCCCUUGCAAACUAUGAAAAAGUUUUGGAGGUGGCCCCUGAAAACUGUGAGACUCUGAAAGCUGUUGGUCAUAUAUUUGUUCAGCUUGGACAGUCUGAGAAGGCCUUGGAAUACCUGAAAAAAGCUACAAAGUUCCAUCCACGUGAUCACGAGGCAUUUAUAGAUCUGGGUGAGCUGCUGAUCUCAACUGAUGCUGGAGCUGCUUUAGAUGCCUUCAAAAGUGCGCGCGCUCUAUUGAAAAAGGGUCAUGAAGAGAUACCGAUAGAUCUACUCAAUAAUAUUGGGGCCCUUCAUUUUGAAAGGGAAGAGUAUGAGCUUGCUGAAGAAGCAUUUAAGGAGGCUCUAGGUGAUGGUGUAUGGCGCAAGUUAAUUGAUACUGAUACUAAGGGCAACAGACAACAGCCUGAUCCUAUCAAAGAAGCAUUGUACAAGCCGUUGGAUGCUAGUGCAUCUGUUGAGAAGUAUAGGGACACACAGUUGUUCAGCCAGAUUGAGGAAGCAGGAGUUUCUGUGGAACUGCCUUGGAUUAAAAUCCCACCACUAUUUAACCUUGGCACACUACUAGAGCAUUUACACAGAACUGAAAUGGCUAGCAUAUUAUACCGUCUGAUCUUGUUCAAGUAUCCCGAGUACAUAGAUGCUCAUCUCCGGCUCGCUGCUAUCGCAAAAGCUCAAAACAAUUUUCACCUAAGCAUUCAACUGGUUCGUGAUGCCUUAAAGAUAGAUGACAAAUGCCCAAAUGCAUUACUAAUGCUCGGUGACUUGGAGCUUAAAAAUGAUGACUGGGUCAAAGCAAAAGAAACGUUCAAAGCUGCAAAUGAUGCAACCAAUGGAAAAGAUUCUUAUGCCACACUUUGUUUGGGAAACUGGAAUUACUUUGCAGCAGUUCGUUUCGACAAAAGAAAUGCAAAGUUGGAAGCAACACAUCUGGAAAAAGCUAAAGAACUUUACACAAAAGUCCUGGUUCAGCAUUCUUCUAAUCUAUAUGCUGCCAAUGGCGCUGGUGUAGUACUGGCAGAAAAAGGUCAUUAUGAUGUUGCAAAGGAACUUCUUACACAGGUUCAAGAGGCUGCAAGUGGAAGCAUUUUUGUCCAGAUGCCAGGCGUGUGGAUAAAUCUAGCACAUAUUCAUUUUGCUCAAGGAGAUUUUGCUCUGGCUAUCAAGAUGUAUCAAAAUUGUCUGCGUAGGUUUUUCUACAAUACAGACAGUAAUGUUCUUCUGUAUCUAGCUCGUACGCAUUAUGAAGCUGAACAAUGGCAAGACUGUAAAAGGACUUUACUAAGAGCAAUCCAUUUGGCUCCUUCAAAUUACACUUUGAGAUUUGAUGCUGGUGUGACAUUGCAGAAAUUCUCAGCAUCCACUUUACAGAAGACAAAAAGGACUGUAGACGAGGUACGUGCAACAGUUGCCGAGCUUACAAAUGCAGUUCGUUUGUUUAGUCAGCUAUCUGCAGCUUCAAAUCUUCACAUUCAUGGAUUUGAUGAAAAGAAAAUAGAAACUCAUGUUGGAUAUUGCAAGCACUUACUGGAGGCUGCAAAAGUUCAUUUAGAGGCAGCUGAGCGUGAAGACCAGCUAAAUAAGCAGAGACAAGAACUUGCUCGCCAGGUUACAUUGGCUGAGGAAAAUCGCCGCAAAGCUGAAGAACAGAAGAAACUGCAGUUGGAGAAGAGAAAACAGGAGGAAGAAUUAAAGCAAAUGCAGCAACAGGAGGAGCAUUUAGAGCGUAUGAAGGAACAAUGGAAGCACACUUCUGCCUCCAAGCGUAAAGAUAGGACACAUGCUGAAGACGAGAAUGGAGGGCGUAGUGAAAAGAGGAGGAGAAAAGGAGAAAAGAAGAGAAAAAGAGAAAAGAAGUCACGUUAUGAGACAGAGGAAGCAGGUGACAUGGACGAUCAAGAAGAAAUGGAAAUGGAAGAUGAGUAUGUUAAUAGGAACUACAAGCAGACUGAUAAUACAAUGAACGAUGAUGGUGAUGAAGUUGACGAGAAUCCACAGGAUCUUCUUGCAGCUGCUGGGCUGGAAGAUUCUGAUGCUGAGACUGACGCAGUGGAAAAUCCAUCAGCUGCAAAUAGAAAGCGGAGGGCGUGGUCAGAAUCUGAUGAUGAUGAACCAACCACACGACAUACUGAGUCCAGUCCGAUAAGAGAAAAUUCUGCAGAGAUGCAGGUAAGUGAUGGUGACUAGGAACAACGAUGGAUGAGCUGGGAUUCUGGCUGUCUAGUGUUACAAGCAUAACUUUUAACAGAAGAUAGGUGCAAUUUCAAUUUUGAACUGAUCGGCCAUUUUACUCUUGAGUUGUGCGUGAGGUUCUUAGUUGCCCCUUGGAGCAUUUGUAUGUAUUAAUGAGCUUUCUCUAUGUAAGCGUGACUCUUUCUGGCCCCUCCAGCAUGGUUGCAGGUGCAUACCAAUUUUAGGCUAUUAGCUGUGUAAAAGCAUAAGAGCAGUCUUCAAUCUUCAUGGGUCCUCUUUUAGCUUUUGGUUUUGAUCCUCAAGUCAAAUUAACUUUUGAGGAACAAUUUAUAACCCAGUUGUCUUUAGGUACUAUAUUAAGGUACAUUAAUCGACCACAAAACUCAAGCCUAUUUAUUUUUCUAAAUUUCUUUGUAAAUAAAAUAUUUAUAGUUUGGAGAGUGCA